AUGAUCAUUCAACGUAUGCGGCAAUACAUUUAUCCAACGAAUUUAAUUCGAAUUGGUGAUGUAGUCCAAGAUUUUUUUGAAUGCUUCAAAUAUUGUUUUCGUUUGGAAUAUUCACUGGAUGAUUAUCAGAAUCGACAAAUUCCAUGGACAUAUCACACAUUUCGACGAGCCAUAUGGCUUACAUUGAGUUUUUGGAUAAACAUUCUGUGUGUUGUUAAAGUUUUCAUUUAUCCUAACCAUAUUGUAUCGAAAAUAAUAAAAAAUUAUGAAACGGAAUUUCAGUUCUAUCGUUGCGAUUUGUUUUUUCCACAUUUAGCAUUCAUAUAUACAAUCCUAGAAUAUCUGUGGUUCAAUUUAUUUCGUGAAAUUUUGACUUAUAAAUUUAAAGUCAACCAAUUGAUAGUGAAAUAUAGUCAUGUUGAUGAUGAUCAUUUGGAGCCAGAAUAUCGCCGUCAUAUAUCUUGUUUUAUUCACUUUGGUAAUCUUGCAUCAAACAUUCCUGAAAGAAUAUGUUCAACUUUAUUAUGA